AUGAAAAAACAUCAACAACAAAAGAAGAAAAAACAUCUGUUGAAUCAUCAUAACCUGUUUCACGUACAACAUCAUAAUUAUGCUAAUAAACCAUCAAUAUUUGGAAACUUGAAUGGCGUUUCUAGUACAUCAAUUUUUGGAACUUCAACGCCAAUAAAUAAUCCUAGUGGUUCCAUAUUUGAUGGUAAUGCAUCAUUAAAAUCAUCAACUAAUACUAACAGUGGAUUUUCUUUUCCUGGUUUUGCUGCAACAUCAACAUCAAACACAACAACAACAACAACAACUAAUACAUCAUCAACAUUUUCAUUUGGAUCAAAAUUAGCAUCAGCUAAUAAACCAGUUUUUGCAAUGAAUGACAGAUCAACAAGUAAUGGAACUGAACAACGAGUUUUUGCUGGUCAAGAUUCAUGUAUAUUUGGUACAAAUGCAACUAUAAAAACUAAUACAAAUGAAGAUGAUGAAGGUGAUGGUGAAGAUGAUUCAUAUGAACCAAAUGUUUCAUUUAAACCAAUUGUUCAACUAUCUGCUGUUGAAGUUAAAACAGGUGAGGAAGAUGAAAAUGUUCUCUUUUGUGAACUUGCAAAACUUUAUCCUUUUGAUGUUGAAUCAAAUCAAAUGCAAAGAACGUGA